AAGAGGAAGAGAAAAAAGAAGAAGAGGUUGAGGGAAACGAAGACCUACGUUAGUGUUUAACUGUGAAAAUCUUAAUUUAUUUUCGGAUUGUUGUGUUCCUGUAAAUACAGUAAUGUCUGAAAGAAAAGUUUUGAAUAAAUAUUACCCUCCGGAUUUUGAUCCAUCAAAAAUCCCAAAACUUAAACUACCCAAAGAUCGACAGUAUGUUGUCAGACUGAUGGCUCCUUUCAACAUGAGAUGUAAAACCUGUGGUGAGUACAUCUACAAAGGGAAGAAAUUCAACGCACGCAAGGAGACUGUUCAGAAUGAACUGUACAUGGGGCUGCCUAUCUUCCGCUUCUAUAUCAAAUGUACCAGAUGUCUUGCUGAGAUUACAUUUAAGACAGACCCAGAAAACACAGAUUACGCCAUGGAACACGGUGCUACCCGAAACUUCCAGGCAGAGAAAUUAAUUGAGGAAGAAGAGAAGAGACUCCAGACAGAGAGGGAGGAGGAAGAGCUGAACAACCCAAUGAAGGUCUUGGAGAAUCGUACAAAAGAUUCCAAGAUGGAGAUGGAAGUUCUGGAGAACCUGCAGGAACUGAAGGAGCUGAACCAGAGGCAGGCUCAGGUGGAUUUUGAGAGCAUGAUUGACCAGUAUCGGGAGCUGGAAAAGAGAGAGAGGGAAAGGGAGAAAGAAGAGGAUGAGCGAGAAACAAAAGAGAUGUUGGAGUGUGCGCUGAUUAAAAGACUCAGAGAUUCAGACUCAGAAGAGGAGGAGAGCAACACCGUGCCGGAACAGCAAUCAAAGACAGACAAACCAACAGACAUUCUCACCAGUGACAAAUCCACAGACACUCAAGGAGCAACAAAAAAGAUGAAGAUGGAGAGCUGGGAGAGGAGCGUGGGAACACUCUCUGGUGGGGUAGCCUUGGGGUCGUUGGUGCGAAAGAAACCGGCAGCGGCUCUAAAUAAACUGGCUCCUGUAGCAGCACCUGUUCCUCCCUCCUCAAAGUCAGAUUCAACUGGUUGUCCAAAUGCUGCAAAACCCACAAACAUGCAAAGCAGAUCAUCGUCUCUCAGCCUUUUGGGUGCUUACUCAGACAGUGAUAGCAAUGAGAGUGAAUGAGACGAGCGUUCUUGGGUUCAGUUUUAAAGAGCUGAUUUGAUACUUAAAAAAAAAAACAAACAAACAAAGUAGUACAGAAAACCAGGUGUCUUUAAAAAAACACAGUUUUUUAUGUUUAUAGACCCUGAGGAGAUGCAUUCUUAAAACAAUAAUGUUCAGGACUCAAGCUUCUUUAAAGCUACAGUGUGUAUGAUUUAGGAGUGUUUCUUGGAAAAAAAUGGAGUAUAGCAUUUAUAACCAUCUAUUCGUUAGUGUAUAAUUUACCUGCAACAACAAAUCAGUAUGUUACUUAAAAUAUGACACAUUGUAGCUCAGAAUGAGCCUUUCAUAUCUACGUGAGAAUGGACCCCCUCAUGGAGGCCGCCAUGUUGAUAUAGUAGCCCAAACAAAGACAUACUUAAUCUGCCUGUCAUACUUUGUACCAGAAGACUGCAAGAAGACUGAAUGGGGUGGAGAGGAAUCGAUGGUAGCUCCCCUAUGUGCUGUUUGCUGAUUGCUAGUGCAGGCUAAUGAGUUUGAUAACUCCAGUUUUGUGAGAUGGAGCAUCAUACAUAUUGCAUAUCACAAAAGAAGGCAAGGGAACAUGAAUCCUCAUUUCCAUAGAAGCAAAAACAUGAAGGGAAACAAAAUUGUGACUGGCGAUGAUGUAAUACAAUCUGCAACCUCACCAUAAAUUUCGCACACUGUAGCUUUAAAUAGAAAUUUGGUAACGCUCCAUGUUUUCCCCUGCCUUUGGAGGUGGGUUGCAUCUCUUUUCAGCAGACUGUGUAGGUGUGCCACAAAUGGGAUACAGGGACUCGGUUAGUGUGCCUCACGGAGAAAGCACAAGUUCACGUGGAAUUCUGUCCACACUUUGUAUCACAGUCAUCUAAAAUGAGCCAUUUUAUUUGUGCUUAUAGCACAAACCAAAUUCUACAUAGAACAUUUUGGAAGAGGUUAACAUGAAACUCCAACUAUAUUUAAAUGUAAAUAAAACCUGAUUUUUGUACGAUGUGUCCCCUUUUAAUUACGCUAUAUGUUGUUGAUCUAUCUGUGUGAAAUUGAUUGAAUAAAUGUAUUAGACAUGA